GCGGCCGCUCGCGGCAGGGCCCUCAAUCGCGCACCGGCAACGGAGGACGACUCAUCGAUCACGGCCCUAAGAGCGCGGGAGAGAAAGAAGCGUGCGGUCGAUCUCGGCGAGCCAGGACAGCGAAAGCGCCACCGGUUGGUCGCUCGGGCGGAAAAAGUGAGGCAUUAUACGUAAGUAGCGACCGACGGGCCGGCAUCGCGCUACGGGAUCGAGACGACCGACUCGCCAGUGGCAUCAAGGGACGAGCCAACGGCCCCGGGGAGGAGCCGUCGGGCGGCACGAAGCACCCACGGACCGCCGACCCAGGAAUAAUGUGUAGCUCUGUGGAUUCGCAUUCCAGAUACUUGAAGGAAUUUCGCGUGGAACAAUGUCCUCUCUUUAUACAGCGCAAGUGCACCCAGCACCGGCCCUUUACAUGCUUCAACUGGCAUUUUAUGAACCAGAGGAGGCGCAGGCCCGUCAGGAAACGCGACCGCACGUUUAACUAUAGUGCUGACAAUUACUGUACCAAGUAUGACGAGACCACUGGCAUAUGCCCCGAUGGAGACGAGUGUCCAUUCCUACACCGAACUGCUGGUGAUACCGAGAGGCGCUAUCAUCUGCGGUAUUAUAAAACGUGCAUGUGCGUGCACGACACUGACACUCGGGGGUUCUGUGUCAAGAAUGGUCCACAUUGUGCAUUCGCUCACGGGAACCACGACCUGCGCCCUCCGGUGUACGACAUCAAGGAGAUCCAAGCGCUGGAAAAUCCUGACUCGGAUCCUAACUCCUCCUCAAAUGGGCCGAAUAUUCUUGACAAAGAGAGGAACCUCAUGAAUGAAGACCCCAAAUGGCAGGACACGAAUUAUGUCCUUGGGAAUUAUAAGACGGAGCCGUGCAAGAGACCUCCCAGGCUAUGCAGACAAGGUUACGCCUGUCCACAGUAUCACAAUAGCAAAGACAAGAGGCGCAGCCCUCGCAAGUAUAAAUAUCGAUCAACACCGUGCCCAAAUGUAAAACAUGGCGAAGAAUGGGGUGAACCAGGCAACUGCGAACAGGGAGACGCAUGUGCGUACUGUCACACACGCACUGAACAACAGUUCCACCCUGAGAUAUACAAAUCGACAAAGUGUAACGAUGUCCAGCAAGCUGGCUACUGUCCCCGUGGUGUCUUCUGUGCGUUCGCACACGUUGACCGUGAGUGUACCCUCAUCAAUCUGUUGCCAACAGAAGAAAUGAGCCUGGCGAGGGACAUGGCAGUGCCAAUAGAUUGCGGGACGAACCUGGCGGAUCUCCUGAGCAACGCUUUGCCACCUGAUAAGCGCAUCCACGAGAAGGACAAACCGUUGAGCGACAGCAGCAACGGCAGUGGAGAGGUCUCGGAGUCAGCCAGCACCAGCAGCCUCGGAAGCAACAGCUCCCAUAGCAAAGCACCAGGUUCUCAGUUGCACGGUGCCAACUCUGGCUCUGCUAUUGGCGGUGGCAGCGGUCAACAGAAGCUCGCAGGCAUCCUGUAUAACCCUUCAUCCCUUAUGCAAGUCGGUGAAAUCCGCAAGCAAAUGCUGGCGAUUGAGAGCGAUCCUCUCCUAACGAACGCCGAGAAGUCGCAGAGGAAGCAGACCCUCUACAUAGCUUACAAUCUGAACGGAGCUUUGAACAACCAUUCUUUGGCGAAGGUGUCCCCACUGUCCAGCUCGUUUUAUCCCAACGACACCGUUGAGUCCGUGGUCGGCAACGCCCUGGACGACUUACACUUGGACGACCCUCUGAGCCUGGUGGACUCGAUGCACCGAGACACGAGUUCUCCCAUCAGCAACUCGAUAUCCGCAGGGCUGGCCAGUUCCGGGUUGCUCGGAAGUUCCGCCCCUGUGAACAUCCCAGGAAUGGCCGAGCGUUCGGUCCUCUCGAACUUCUCGCCCUCGACCUCGAGCCCCCUUCAGCAACUCCAGUCGGCGGGUUUCCUAACCGGCUCGAGAUUCUCCCACCAGGAUUCGAUGGAAUCGACGAUGCCGUUCAUGAACCAGGUAUCAGACCCCUUCGGGAAGCACAUCUCCCAACUGAGCAGCUCGGCCUCGAAGCUGAGCGGUUUCAACAGCAGCCUCUUCGACUUCACAAGCCAGGGCGUCUCGCCGUCCCGGGGUCAGCCUCUGCCAGCCUCGCCGCUAGUCAAUGCCUUUUCCAUCAGCCCCAGCAACACCAGCUCCUUGACCGAGUUGCAGGUACAGAGACUCCGGGAAGAGCUGACGACGAGUCGGGCCCAGUUGGCGACCUGGGACGAGCGCAUAAACCAGGCCAGGGCGGCUUGCGCCGCCUGGCAGCUGGAGAGCGAGGAGGCCAAGAGGAAAGCCUCCAUCGCCGAGCAACAGAGAGAAGAGGCCCUGAUCCAGGUUAAGGCCCUCAGGGAAAGCGAGGCCUCUAACGGCGUCCCCUACCUGCACGCCCUGAAGAGGACCAACGAUCUCAGGACGCUCUCGAUAGCGACCCUGAAGUCUAUCCAGACACAGCUUCGCUCCGACCUCGAGGAAGUGGAGAAGGUGCUGUACAGAGAGACGGCGACCAAGUGCAUGGUCUGCGAAGAGCAGAACCGCACGGUGACCCUGUCGCCUUGCAACCACUACGUGGUGUGCUCUACCUGUGCUCCGAGCCAGCGCGAGUGUCCGUAUUGCCAGACACCGGUCGCCUCCACCAGUUAGGCGAAGCCACCCUGAAGAGCGACCUCGAGUCGACUCCUAGACGCCGGAAUAAUCGAGGGACGGGAAGACGCCUCUACGACGCCAGGACACGGCGGAAACACCGCGGAAGAGGCGCCAGCUCCCGCUCUGAUCCUUCCCGCCGGUCAAUCUCUUUGCACUCUCCUCCUUCGUACUUAAACCUCUCGCGAUGACGAAGUACGACAGACCCUCGUACUCCGUCAAGGAGGAAAGUUAACCGGCAGGGGAACGAAACCUACUUUACCGACGCGAACUCCAUUCUAGCCCGCUGACGAUCCCUCUCGACGAGGAUGAAGGGAAUUCCGAGACGUGGGGCUCGAUUCUGUACUUCGUAUCGUGUGAAAAUGGUAAAAGCGAUCACCUAACAUCCUCUAUCCUUACGGUGAAAAUGUGAGGACCUCCCGCGAUCCUGUAACUUUUACCCUGGUGAAGAUGCGAGAUACUUAGCGCGAGGCCACUCGGCCAGGGUGCAGAAUCGGGUGAAUGAACUCGCGCGAGAAGACUCGCUCGGGAUACAAAAUCGACCACUCGGGGCUGAGUUUUUUUUUUUUCCAUUUUGAGAUUCGCACUAAUAAAUUCACGUGAGAUCAUUGUGCGAGAAAUGAAUACUCUCGCCGAAGGAUACAGAAUCGAACCCCCGGGGCUCGGUGGCUCGCAAUUAGUCGGCAUUAGAUUUUCGUAAACCAAGCUGCUCGACCUUUCGAGGUCCCUCGAUUGGGUAUAUUCUAAUUCCGAUGUGUCGAUCGCCGUUAAUGUUAAUUAUUUGUUGUACCGGCCGGGGAGGGCCCUGCGAGGGCGACCUCUCCAUGGCUGCGUAUUAUUAUUAAUUUCUUUUUUUUUUCUUCGUUUCGUUCCCACUUGGAUAUUUAUCGGUUUUAUUUAGGAACGGUGAAAUUAAUGGAGACCUCGCGCGGUUUAGACACGGAGUCGGACAAUUAUUCGUACUGGAAUUUAUCAUACAGAGUACUCGAGGGCUCGUCGUCCUCGGGUUCGGUAAUUAACAGGAGAAUUAGGAGUAAUCGUACUAAUUGUGUGGAGAUGGUAGGGGAAUGCAUGGUUACGAGGUUGGUUGAAUUGGUGUUAGGAAUUCGUGGCGAUUAAUCGGGAAUUCCCGAUGAUUAAUUGAGAAUUCACGGCGAUUAAUUGGACAUUCGCAGAGUUUAAUUGAGAAUUCACGGCGAUUAAUUGGGGAGUAGAUUUGAAACUGUCGGUGAUGAGUCUUGGGGGAUUCCUUGGAGUGUCGCGAGGUUGUUGAAGAGCUCCCUCGAGAAAUUAGGGAAUUUAGGGAUUACUAAAUGUAAUUAGGACGUGGCUUGACGGGCGGAUAAAAGGGGUAUGGCUUUUAUGGGGAGGAUUCUGACUCUUAAGGCGACGUUUUAUUUCCCAUCUUGACUGAUCGUCCUUCGGGGGCUGUCUUUUACAGGUGGUUCUCGUAUUUCCGAAUUUAUUGGCUCCUAGCGACCGAUCGUUAAUCGAGAAUUUCUAGGAUUUCCGGUCUGAAUUCUGGCGAAUGAAAUUCCUCAAUUUUGCCGCGUAUGAUUUUAGAUAAAUGGAAUUCCAUGUGGAAUGAAUUAACGAGGAUGAAAAUGAGCGAUAUUCGCCGCGGUACGAUCUGAGAUGAAGAAAUUCCUGUAAGUCGUAUCCGAAUAGAAAAGAUAUUCCGGUCAAGGAAAUCCGUCGGGAUGAAAAUUAGUUAAUUUCGCCGCGUACGAUUUUUAGAGGAGAAUUUCAACCGGCGAGAAAUUUGCGGAUAUAAAUAACUAGUGAAUUUCCCCGCGUACGAUUUUUAGUAUAAGCGAUUCCGAUAGAUAGAAUUGACGGAGAUUAAAAUGGAGCAAUACUCGCCGUGUACUACUUGAGAUAUAAAUAAUCUGUCAAGCGCGAAAUUCGCGGAGACGAAGGUUAGUGAAUUAUCCCGGGUUUCGAUUUUAGAUGAAGCUCGAUGAAAUUCGUAAAUCGGGAACUGCCUGGAAGACGACCUUCGCGAUACUCUUGGGGACAUUUCUCGGGAGGUCCUUAGAAUACCUGAGGGGUCUCGUUAGGCUUCAGAAAAAUUCAGACGAGGGGAGAAGAAAAUGGCAAUGACAAAUCGAGAGAUCGGCCUUCGGUGAAUGAAACUCGUCGAGACCUACACGGGACGGGGAAACUUUUCUCAGGAUCGUAUAUAUAUUUUUUUUCUUCUUUUAUUUACCGGGUUCGCCACGAGUCUAGGGGGUCUUCUCCGGUACGAUGACGAAUUAAAAGCUCGUCGGAUUUCAUGAAGAGAUCGGUUGCCUGUGGUGUGCACACUCGAGUUUAUAGAAAGUGCAUGUGUUUGGUUGCCCCCAUAAAUUCGUGCCCUUUUAAUAUAUAUAUUUUUUUUUAUUUCAAUUAGUUUUAACAAAUAGGGUAUUAAAAUAUCGAUUAAUAAGAUAUAUAUAUAUCCCCUCGUCGUUCACGAUUUUUUCCCGACGUUCAAGUCCUCGAUCGUCGCUUAAAAAAAAAAAAA